AUGGCAUCUGAUGAAGCACUUAUCAUUAAAGUUUGCCUUUACAAAGAAAUCAAUGCGGUGAUAAAGGAACUUCCAAAUCCUGUCUACCUUUUCCAAGGUAUAGUUUUAAGAAGAGGUGCUAAAGGAACUGGCAUGAAGUCCAUAGAACUGGCCCUUUCCAUGUGUGAUAUUGUUGACAUGUAUGGUUUUACAGUUGAUCCUGGGUACACAGAAUGGACACGGUAUUUCACAGGCCCUAGGAAAGGACAUAAUCCACUGCAAGGCCGAGCUUAUUAUCAACUUCUGGAAUGCCUUGGGGUCAUUCGUAUCCAUUCUCCCAUGAGAGCACAAAGGGUGGAAGAUUGGUCAGACAUACCAAGCAAAGAAGAGAUCAGAAGGGCACACGCUGCAGCUUUUCAUCUAAAAAAGCAUGAAGCUGACCAGCCAGCUGAGCUGGGGCCAUUUAGCAAUUGCAAGGUGUGGGGAACAGUUGACCCUGACUAUGGACCGGUAUCAGGCACUUCAGAUAUGAAUGAGACACGCAAGAAUUCAAACUACAGCAAGUGGGAGUUGCUUCCACUUGAGAAGCUGAGAAGAGAAGCUCAGGAACACCAUAUCCAAAUGGGUGGCGUGUCUCUAUACAAGAUGGAUGGAAACAAGUUGGAUGAUCUUGUCUGUGUGAGGCACCAGCGCUCAUCAAGUUAA